AAUAUACUAUAGUUACUUAAUAGUCAAUAGUCUAUGGUCUAUAAUUUAUGCAGUAUGUCUGAAAAUUGAAAUACAGAAAGUAAAAAACAAGAAGUAAAAAAAAUAAUCUGUAUUUACUAUUCACUAUUGUACAUACACUAUUUUGUAAUUUGUUUUAAUUAAUAAUUGUUUUAUUUAGUUAUUUAUUCAUUCAGUCUGUUAUUAAUUUAAUUUAAUUAUUGUCACGGUGACAAUCCAUGCUGUGUGUUGAGUGGUGAUCAAAGGUGUUGAUUAUUGAACUUGUAUUUCCGAACACUGCUAAAACAAUUAUUUUCAAAUGGAAGACAUGGGAUUAAAUCUAAAGCAAAAUAAUACCAUUCCACCAAACAUGACUUCCAAAGUAUCUGAUUUUAUAACUGCUGAACAAGGCACUUCUUUGGGACCUUCGAUUAGUUCUAAUGAUAUUCAGUUAGAUAGUGAACACAAUAAUGAAGAUGUUCCUUCUCAAUCAGUGAAUGAAGGCGAACCAAAGGAACAAACUUACCAAGAUAUUUUAGGUUCUGGGGAUUUAUUGAAAAAAAUCAUUAAGCAAGGAGCUCUUGACGAACGACCAAUGAAAGGUGAACAAAUUGUGAUAAAUUUAGUUGGUCGUCUAGAAGAUAAUGAUGAUAUAUUUGAAAAAGAAGACAAUUUUGAAAUCACUCUUGGUGAUUGUGAGGUAAUUCAAGGUGUUGAUUUAGCUUUAAGCUUAAUGAAUGUAGGUGAAAUAGCUGAGUUGAAAAUAGCAUCACGAUUUGGUUAUGGUGAAAAGGGAUUGAGUCCAAAGGUUCUGGGUGGAGCUAGAUUAGUUUAUAUUGUAGAACUAGUAUCUGUAAAGCCAGAAAUACUUCCAGAUGACCUUACUCCAAUUGAAAGGCUUAACAUUGGGCUCAAAAAAAAAGAUAAAGGAAACUGGUGGUAUGCACGUAAUGAAAACACUAUGGCUUUACAUGUGUAUCGCAAAGCUCUUCAAUAUUUUGGAGGACCAGGAGAUAUAAUUGGUUCAGAUUCAGAACAAAAAGACAUUCUAAGUGAACGUGUCAAGACAUUGAACAACAUGGCAGCUGUCCACAUGUCUAUGAACAGUUUAGAUUUAGCUUUAAGUACACUGGAUAGUGUACUCGCUGUUGAACCUAAUAAUGAAAAAGCGAUUAUGCGCAAGGGUAAAGUACUAGCCUUAAAAGGACAAAAUAUGGCAGCUGCCCGUGAGCUUGAAAAAGCAUUGCAAAUAAAUCCAAAUAACAAAACUGUUCAAAGCAUUCUUAGCAAUGUUAAAGCAGCAUUAGUCAAAGAGAGAGUACAAGAAAGAGAAUUGUAUAAAAAAAUGUUGGGUCAAAAAGAUAAUAAUGAAAAAUCAGCAAAAGACGACAAAAAUACGAGCACAACAUUUAUAAUCAGUGGGCUUGUUGCUGGAUUAGCAGUAAUUUGUGGAUACUGUUACCUUAACAACAACUUUCCUUUCAGCAAAUUUAGCACUUUAUAGUUUUUUUUUAUGUUUUUAAGUAUAUUCAUUAUUUCUUACAUUCAACAAUUAAGACAUUCUAUACUGUUCAUUGUGAUUCUAUUUGACUACAAAUAUCUUCAAAUUUAACUUAAA